AUGAAAAAACGGGCAAACAUCACGAACAUCGAGCUGGAGGAAAUCGUUUUCAUAUUGCUGAAUUGUCUGGACGAAGAAAAAAAAAAAAACAGAGAAAUUAUCAACACGCUUAAAAUAUAUCUCUUGUACCACAAAGGACAAAUCCUCAAUUAUGUAUUUUCCUUUUUGCAAAUUCAGAAAGUCAGUCACGAAAAUCAAAAGUUGCUACUCUCCUUGGUUCAUGACUUUGUUCAUUACUGUAUUUAUAAUCGCUUUAGUAACACUGUUGAUGAGUACCUAGACGAGGUGAAAAGGAAUGAAACAGAAAAGGAGAAAAGAGGGGCUACACAAAAGUGGAGGACUCACAAAUUUAAGGACCUACACAUCUUUGAAAACAUUCUAAAGUACUCCUUCUUUGAUGGUGAUGAAUACUGUUUUGUGUUUCAGCAUCUCCCUGAGGGGGGAUUUCUUCCAGACGCAGUUUCACUACAAGAGGACGUGCCUGACCUGGUACUUCUCCAGCAAGCAGACAGUGGAGCCGCUUUUUCCCCACAGGCGGGAAAUCUGAACUUUCCAAUUGAUGGGAACCCCAUGGAGAGAAUUAUAAGAGGACAAAAAAAAAAAAAGGGGAGCAUCUUUCAUGAAGAUAAAAUCGCCAAGCUCAUAUGCCUCAAAAAGGAGGAAUACAAAGCAGCUAUGGUAGGCGAAACAAAAACCACACAGAAAUCAAAUCAGUGCGCAUCUCUUCAGAGGAAUGCCUCCCACUGGAGCGGACGCAGUCACGCCCAGAAUGCCAAAGAAACUUCCGAAAUAAAUAACAUCAUCAGAAAUAUAAUUGACUUCCUGUUGAACGAAAUUCUGUUCAUUAAGAGAGAAGACGACCGACAUGGAAUCAUGACCAAGCUGUUGAUUCUAUGCGUCGUGAGGGAGGAUGCUUAUUUGAAGAAGAGGUUCGUGGAGAAGCUGAACGGCUGUCUGCGCAUGAGCGGGACCGUCAUGCACCUGAGAGACGCCCACGAGGGCGACGGAAAACGGACCAACGAUAAAUUAUGUGAAGGACAAGCGUGUAACGACAAAGUGAAAAACGAAAAACAGGGUGAUGACUUUCCCGAGAGGAGUAACACCAAGCUUUGUGCCUACCUGGAGCUCUACAUUGACCUGUUCAGGCAGGUACCGCAUCUGACCAAAAAUGUCCUGAACGAACUUUUCAACGCCAUUCUUUCUCUGGGCCAGAGUAGCAGGCAUACAGAUCUGACUUACAAAAUUAUGGUUGAAAUAUUUCAAGACAUUCAGUUCCCCUCAGUUCUGUACACAAUCAUUAGCAUGAACAAGAAGUAUAAGAGGAAGGCCUUUAUCAUCCCAAAUGAACACUACACUAACGUAUACAUUGAAAACGAUAUAAUUCACUUGUCUCUGGAAAACACCAGUGAGGACACAUGCACAACGUAUACCAGGGAGUCGUCCCUAAAUUCAAACGUCCAGGGGAAGAGUAACGACCUGGGAAUUCUUACUGACAAUAUUAGACGGAUCAAUUUGCACAGGGUCAGGGACGGUGGAAGGGAGGAUAAAUUCACAUCAUAUAUGGACCACUCCUCUGAACACACAUCGAAGAAUGCAUCCAUGUGUGAUGUAUUCUAUGACGCGCAUAAUGGUGAAAUGGGACGAGAUGUGUGGGAUAUCCCCCGUGAAGGAGAAGGCUCUCAAGAGAAAGGCAGUGAUAGCAAGGCUGAGUCAAGCAACGGUGCCUCCAGAGGUAAACAGGAUCUGGUGAAGGCCUUCCAGAGAGAAAUUAAACCAAGCGAUGAUGCUACCGAAACAUUUCGAAACGAAUCGGAAGGGUCAGAAAAGUACUACACGGUUAAGAAUUGGAGGGAAGAGAUGGUUUGUCAGGUGGCAGAGGGAAGUGGGGGGAGCCCGCCCAAAGGUGGGGCUGAUGUCCUGCGUGAUAAAGAAUCUCCUCCCUCCUUCUCUUUGUCCCCCUGUACCUCCCAGGAUAUUGGUCAGAAGGAACGAAAAAGGACGGAAAAAAUUAGAGCAGUGUGCACAAAAAUGUUAGCCUUAUACCUUAGCAUACUUCCCAGUUUUAAGCAAAGUAGUGAAAAUUACAACAAGCUCCUUUACAUCAUAUCAAAGUUGGUUCUGUAUAUAAACAAUGACGAAAUGACCAAGGAAGUGAUCGAAGUAUACAUCCAUUACUUCCUUGUUUUCUUCCACUCCACCAUUAACAACGCCGCUUUAAGUGACAUAUCGGGGGUCUACAAUAAGGAUUUACAGGUACACAUAAACUACAACAAUGUGAGGGGUCUACCACAGUACAAUAUAAUUAAUAGCUUCCGAAGCAUUCUUCAAAAAUGUCUUACGAAGAUACACCUCAUAGUCGGUUUCGCUAACCACAUUCUGAAGGUGGCCUAUGCAAUAUUAAUUAUCAUGAUUAAUCAGAAUUAUACAAUGAACAACGCUAAGGGGGUUGUGAACUACAUAACAUCCAAUGUUUACGUUUCGACUUUUAUUGAAACCAUGGAGCUAUUUAACAUCCUCAUAACUUGUGCGUACACAAACAACUUGGUGUUUAAUUUAAUCAGGGAGAAAGCGAAGUCUAACAUAAAGGUAGAAGUUAUGGUUUCACUUACUCUAUUAAGACAGUAUCUUUUGCUCAUAUCGGGGGACAUAGGAAGUGGUAAUAUAGUCCACUUAUCUAAUCAAAAUAUAGGAACAAAACGCGGUACUUACAAAAAUUGCUUCAAACGGUUAAACAGCUUCAUCAGUGACACGAGUAGAACUAAAACAAGUAACGUCGAACUAAUCAUACAGAUGGUAGCAAAUUUAUCCGAUCGGUUUAGCAACGAUUUAAGUAUCAUUUAUAUGCUUUUAGAGAUCGAUCUAAUUUUGUCGUACCAUCAUCAUUUUGAUUCCUCCUCUUUCAACCCGAGUGUCAUUCUGGGGCUUCUCCCGCGGGUUAGCAGUCCUCUUUGUGAUUUGUACAUGGUAUCCGAGGAUAUCCGCGGUAGAAGGAAAGAGGGGAAAAGUGAAAAAAGCCGGAAUAGUGGAACGGGUGGAGAACCCCCAAAUGGAGAAACGUUUCCUCCCCAGGAAAACCAAACAGAUGAACACAUAAACACCAUGGGACACCACGACGAGGAAAUUAAAACGUGGCUACUCAUCCCAAACAGACACGUAAUAAAAAUAAUGCACUUCCUAAUUAACAUCCUGCUGAGUGAAGAAUCAAAAUUUAAGAAACAAAAUAAAAAAUAUGGAUAUUCAGUUGACGAUAAUGGAACCAUCAUAGACAUAAACUGCAAAUCCAAUGAAGUUUUAAAAAACGGAUUUCAUCACAACAGGAUGUUUUUUGAUAUACACUGGAACUUUUUCAUCUUCAUGUACCCUUCAGUUCCUUACAUAAAGGAGCUAAUAUCCCUAGCGUUUCAGAAACAUUUUUGCUUCUACUCUCCCAGAGUUCUGUACCCUCUUAUGUUCGAAUUAUUGGUAGAUGUAAAAAGAAGCUUCAGAAUCAUAGUACCUAUUUUGAAGGCACUCAACAUUAUGUGUAUACUUCUACACAAUCACAUGGUGAAGAAGCACUUGAGACUUCAUUCCAGGCUACAUUAUAAUUACUUGGUGUUGCCAAAUAUAAGCAAUGUUAUUUCGGUGCUGUUUAUGUACUGCACCCACUCCAAUUUUGUUGUUUCCUUCCUCAGUCUGCAACUCAUAUCUAUAUUGAGGAGCUUCACUCAAGGGAAGAGCAUCACCUCCGUGCAGAGCUUCACUUACUUUGAGUUGCUCUUCAGUUUUUUAAGGCUAAGAAAUCAGGUUGUGACACACAAGGGGGUGGACGCUCCUUUCACUGGGGAUAUUCUAUGCAGCAGGAAAAUCCUGAAACGUAUAAUUGCACUUACCAAAGGGAGAAUGAAAAGACCUAUAAGGCAAGUUGCAGAUUCGACGCGGGUUCAAUAUUACCGUUCCUUAAUUAAAAUGAGUUACAGGGAGAUUGGAAAACGGAUUAGCAAGAAAGUGCUGAACAUCUCUUUGAGUUCCAACUGUGGGGGGCGCCGAAAGACUUGGCGGCGAAAAGUUCGCGCUAUUGUUAGGCAUUACUUUAACGUGGAUUUGGGUGCGCUUAUGGCUUCACAGGACGGGAGCGGCAUGAACGGAAUGGAUGCCAAUUUGACAUCCGCCAAUGUCAGUGCCCCCUUCAGCCUUGACAUGGGUGGACUGAUGGGCACGAGUGCCUACGCAAACGCCGAGGCAAACACUUUGCAUGCCACCCUGGAGCCCAUGAGCUUCUGUUUCACUCGAAUACUAAGACUUAUGCAGAGAUUGUUUAGCACAUACGUUAAAGUGGAGAUAGACAGGAUAUACAAUUACCACAGUUAUAUAACCACCUUCUUUUACUCACUGGUAGAGUUGGCUAGGCUCGUGAAAAACUCCCAGGAAUUUGAGAACACACUGAUGUACCUAAAUGUUGUCAACCUACUUUGCGUAAUCAUCAAGCAGUUCAGUGAGAAGUAUGCAAAUAAAAUGAUUACCAUUUUUUUUAAGUUGAAUGGUGAAGUACCUGUUAACGAGGAGGAAAACAUGUUCCUAACGCUUUAUAUGAAUUUCUCCACUAUAUAUAGAAGCCACUUUUUUAAUUUAUACAGACAGAAAUGUACCACUCCAUAUAUGAAAAAUUGUAUUGAGUGCAUUCAAUUAAUGAGAGUAGACUGCUUGUCCUCCAAGAGGAGCACUGAGAAUCAACUAGACUUAAACAACUUCAUGUUGUUAUCUAAUAAGUACAGUACUGAUAUGUCUAGGGAGAAAAACAUUGGCCGUUUUCUACACUACCUCAGUGAAUAUCAGUCUGUUUACAGAGCAAGAUUGUUUCAGCUGGGUGUGUGCUCUGAGGGGGGAAACUAUCGUCGCAAAGAGGAAAAGGGGCACGUUGAUGUAAAGAGGAAUCCUUCUGCAGGAGAGGGAUCCCAUGAUUUGGUACAAAACAACGCAGUACAGUCAACUACCCAACCAGUGAACCAUAAAGAUAAUUUAAAAAAACGUCUUUACCAAAGUAACGAAGUGGUGAGGAAAUCCUACCAACUACUGGAAGACAAACUAGGAUCUUACAUCCUCCAAAACGACAUCAGCUUCUCCAUAAGCAAACAGUUCCAUCAGGAUGUGAUUUCCUACUACAUAGAGAGCAUACUAAAAAAGAACAACCUUUUCCGAGUCCUCUUCCUACUAAACAAUAUAUACCACUCUGAUGUAGCGAAUAGAAAAUCUAGCGCCUUCUCAAUCUUUGGAAAAUCAAGCAAUGUUAUCAAUUCAGAAAAUAUAAGAAGUACGUUGAUACUGACCAUGGGUAAGUGUCUUAGGAAGGUACCCUCCGCAAAGGUUCGAGACCUGUCCAUAAUGCGAGACGUCUACAUGAACGAGAAAAUAUUUGUCAUUUAUAUUAAACAUGUGUACGUGCCUCUAGUUAGGUAUAGCAUCGCUUUGAGCAAUGCAAUAUAUGGAAAGGACGACUCCGUCUUGAAUGAAGAACAUAUUGUGAGGGAGGUGCUCUCCAACAGGAAGAGGUACGUGGAUGAACGAUACGGGGAGGAGAUAAAUAUGAACGCGCUCGUUAGGAGGAGCAUCCUCUCUGGGUUCGAAAAGAAGGAAAGUGUGUCGUCUUCCCCGAAUGGAUUGUCUCCUAAGAUGGAUGGUAACGUCGUGACCCUGGGGGGGACACCUACCGCCAUAGCCAACAACAACGGAAACGCCAUUUCCAGUUCCAUUAAUGGGGAGAACCGCGCCAGAGACUUAGCAAAUAUGUGGAAGCGCCUUCCGAAUGAAAAAAUCAACCUACUCAUAUUCCAGCUUUUAGUUGAUCCAAUUAUCUGCUCACUCUACGAGGAAAAGGAAACGACUCUACAGGCGAACUUGCUCCGAGCGGUGAAAAUGGUAUCGAAGAAGCUAAAGUACAUUAAGGAACCUGGUGGGGAGGUAUCACAUAUGCAGAGGAUGAAAUGGGAUCAGACCGAUAACCAAGCGGGCGAAAUUUUUACAAAUCCCCCCGAAUACACUGUCACGAACAACUUAGACAUACCAAACCAUCGGUGUUCCAUCCAAGACGUGUGUGAUUAUUACUUGAAAGAAAAUUUGAAUGAUGUCCCGUUUUACUCCUGCUUGUACAUAUACAAGUACAUAAUUAUACACUGGGCUUUGUAUUACCUGGACAAUUUUGACGAGCAGACACCACCCAUCAGCAACAUAACGUUCACCGGAGUGGAAAAGUUUGCUCUGUACUUUAAGGAAGAGAAGAGUAUAAUUACAAAUAAGAGCGAGAACCAAAUUAGGGAGGAUAUAAAAACGAACGGAUCAAAUGGAGAACCGAAGGAAAACAACUUUUUGCAGAUGCACCUGGAGAAAGAACAACGCAUCAUGGACGGAAUUCAGAAGUGGGGGGAAAUGAUAGACUGGGAAUGCAAAGAAAUCCAUACACCAUCAGAUAAAGUAAUUUAUAAUGAUUACUUUUCCGAUCUGAUGAAGGAAAGAGGCACAAAAAAUGAGUCCAGGCAGGAUGAGACAACCCCGCUAUACUUAACCUCGAUUGAGCCUCAUCUAGAUAUACAAACUGAAACCUACACGAAUUUGAAGAACGCACUGGAGAGCAUACACAACUGCUUUUUUCUCCAAAAACCCAUGCAAUAUCAGCCAGCAUUUAUCAUCAUUGAUGUCUUAACAAGGUUGCUCUUGAAAAUUGUGUUAAACGAAAAGAAGCAAAUCUAUCGGAAGUGCCAUGAAGGUAGGUCUCCCCACGUUCGUGCCGGUGUGCUAGAGAAAAAUGCAGAUGAAUUAGUGAUGAAGGAAGACGUAACCGUGAAAAACUCACCUGUCAAGUUGGAAGCCUGCCAUAUGGGGACUGACCACCCCAGGGAAAAUAGCACAAAUAGAAAUCUCAACAUUACAAAGGGGAAGAGGAAAAGGAACAUAACCAAUGGGAAGUUGGCGAAAGAGAAAAAACACCAAGAAGAUAUGCACCACAGGACAACAGGUGGAAGGACCAAAUGGGACACUGAUGAAAAAAGUCACAGUGGCGCGGAUGAAAAUGUGGAUUGUAAGAAAAUCGUAGCGGACGAACUUUUUACCCAGUUGACGAAAGAAAAAAAAAAAAAAAAAAACGGAAAGAAAAGGAAGAAGACUCAAAAGGGACACAAUGAAGGGAAUACAAAUGUCCCCAUACGAGGAAGCCUAUGGAACAACAAAAUGCUUCACGCGAAUAACAAAACUUUAUGCAACCUAAGGAUGUACGAAGACAUUGCCUUGUCCUGCCUGAACCUCAUCACCUCCAUCAUCGUCAAAACCGCCCUACAUAUGGAUUGCUUCCACCUGCAGUUUAAGAUAAUUAAGUAUCUACACGACAUGUGCGUGGCGACAGACAUAGCAGAAGUUAAGUUCCUAUCCUUUCGGAUCUUAUCUCAGAUAGUUAUUAAUGUUGGCAGGGUGGGGAGGAACAAUGUGCACAGUAGGAUAGUGCCCCAAGAUGGAGGUCCUCUCGCGGAGGAUACUCAAACGGGCCAGUUGAAUAUGUGUAAGCCAAAUGAAAAAAAGCAACACUAUACAAAUGCAAUAAAGGGGGACAAGUUAGAAGGAAAAGAAAAUCGAGGUGACAACGAUGGAAAGAAUGUAUCAUCAGGUAACUCCGCAAACAUUAAGAAGUAUUACAAUUUAAUUUUUUCCUCCAGUGGGAACACGUCUUAUGGAAAUCCUUUCGAUGCGAAUGAGCGCGGCGGGACGUUAAACUUAAAUGAGGGCAACAACCACAAUGGUAGGGAUAGUGAAAAAUGUGGAAAUAGAGGGAUCAGUGCCGGUCUGGGAAAGACAGAUGGACAGAGCGACUCAAACGAACAGUACCUUGACAGCGUCAGCAACGAAGAGAGUAACACGAUAGAAAAAACAACAAAUGAAAGAGUAGGCGGAAAUCACCUGCACAGGGAAGAGACUAGUGUAUGUGUCGAACGCGGGGAGGCAGUACAAUUAAACGAUCACACGGGUAGCGACAAAGGGUCCGACUCCAGCAUUAUGUGUAACUCCCUUGAUGGUGCCAGUCCUCCAUAUGUGGAUCCAUCAAAAGGAAAGACGCGAGGAAAAAGUACUGCAGGGGGAGCGGUCGAUCAUGAACCAAAUACGGAUGAAGGGGGAUCCAUACAAGAAGAAAACAGUGGAUCAGGAAAGGAAGCGAAGAGUGAACGCAAUUACAUAUGCGAGUGCAUAGGGUUGCUCAUCCCUUACGUUAAGGACCCCGAAAAAAUCAUUAGCUACUUGAGCGUGUGUUCCGUCUGCGCACUGCUCGCCAAGUUGCAAAGGGGAAAAAUGCUGUCGAACUCUCACUUCGUUUACUUUUUUUUCAAUCGAAUAGAAGUUAUUUUGGAUGUUCUUUCCAGUCAGAUGACGAAUCCAGCUAUGGGGAAAAAGACGAAGAGGAAAGUGAAAAGGGAAAGGGCCAGCUGGAAGGGACAAUCUGACAGAGAUAAAAACAAUUCCUGGGAGAGGCAAUAUGGUGGGGAAAUUAGCAAAACUCUGGAGGAGGCCCCCCCCAACGAACCGAUCAGCUGCGCUGCGAAUUACGAUGAGAAUCCGACCGAAGAAACAUUCAUAGAUGAGGGAGAGAGAAUAAACGAGAAGACAUGCGGCAGCAUUGGGGGAGGAAGCGGUAGGGAAGAUGGAGUAGAAAAAAUGACCUACCAAGGAGAGAAAAGUAAGAAAGAGGAUCUAAAUGGUUUCCAUGCCCGCGGAAGUUACCAUCUUAGACUUGGAACCCCACGGGUAAGUUACAAAAAUAUCAGGAGGAAUAUGUGCACUGUAGAAUUACACAACAAUUUUCACGCCAAAGUGAGAAGAAGGAUAAGGGAAAUAAACUCGGGAACAUACCAAACGAGUUUUAUUAAAAAAGUGGGCCAGGUUAUGAAGAAGACAAGGAAAGAAAUAAACCUGUACAAAGUUAUAUGUGAUGUAAUUAGCGAGGUGCUUUGCUGUGAGGAGAAGAAGUCCUAUGUGAAGUGCCUUAUUAGUUGUAUUCAUAACAAGAAUAGGCAGGUGGCUAUUAGUGGACUCAACCUUCUCAUGUAUCACACGUGGAACGAAAGGAUCAGCCAUCAAGACAUAGAUAUAAUCAUGAAUAGGGUUCUUAAUGAGGUACACUAUUACACUAAGGUGAAUGUUUUGAACGGGCGGUGGCAGAGUCUCCCAAGUGGGUCCUUCAGUAAAACGGCAACCCCCGGGGGAACGGAUGCCCCUAACAGCACGCUAGAUGCAUAUCGAAAUAUGUGCAAGGCGGACGAGAAAAUUAGGGACCAAAAUAAGAACGGACACAACACGCAAACUAAGAAAAGAAGCAAUGACAAACUUGAUAAACGAAGGAACGACGGAAAUAUCCUGGAGAGAGCCCUACGCAUAAUCCUACUGCUGUGCAGAGAACACCCAUACGUAGUGAUGAACAAAUUAUGCACACUCAAGUCCAAGUACAGUUAUGAACAUGUGUACUUUAUCUACAUGAUUUGUAACAACGAAACGUUGCUGCAUAAAACGAUGGAUUACUUGUUCUAUCUAAUGAACAGCCUGGACAGACUUAAGUUGACAAAGAACUUGAGUAACAUACUUUCCUUGGUCUUCCACUUCCUCAAGUUUAGAAAUGGCUACAUUAGGAACUACACGAGAAAGUACUUUAUCGAAUUAUUUAUAAUUAUGUUUUAUGUCCUUGGAGUGAAGCAGCUGGGUCAUAUGAGUGGGGUUGUGGCGAUCUCUGCAAGUGCAACCCAUGCAAGUGCGAUCCAUGCAAAUGGGAAACCGGACAGGGGAGAUAAAACAUUCUCGCCAAGUUGGUCAUUUGAUACGCAGAACCUUUCGGAAGGGGAAUUGCAACGCAGAGAUCACCUCACCAAUGUGGGCCAAACAGACAAGGCUGACGAAGCAACGGCGGUCGGUGCCACGUAUCUGACGGAGGAUGUAUAUGGAACUGACCAAAGUGGGGAUGCAAGGGCCAAAGUUCCUGGGGAGUUCGAGGAAAGGAGGAAAGUUACGGGAAGACGCGAUUCGAAAGGAGCGGCCACCCAGAGAAGGAACGCCCGCGAAGGAAAUAGCCAGGACGAUGCACGCCCACGCAAAGACAGCGAUGAUACCUUUGAAAAUAUGAUUAACGGGUCCCCAUUUUUUGUUAGAAGAAAAAGCAUACUUCGCAGUAGGGAUGUGAAGAAGGUGUCCAAAAGAGAGUUCAACAAAAAAAUUUACCAAAACUAUACAUGCAGCAUAAGCGUGAAUAACACGCUGAACUGUUUGAGAAUUAUAAAGGAGUUGUUAAAGCUAAAUAGAAGGAAGAGGAUCCUAAAAUGCAUCGAGGAAGGAAAAGUGGAGAAGCUCUUAUACUACAAGCACUCAUUCGAAAACGGGCUCAUCCAGCUGAUCCACAUUUUUUUGAGCAAUCUCAGAGGUAGUGGCGAUAGAAACGCCUCCAACGAACGUGGGUACUACCGUAAGGUGUUCAAUUUCUUGGAUAUCUUCCUAAAAAGCAAAAACCUAAAUUACGUCAUUAUCUCGCUAGUGACUCUUUCGCAGUUUCUACUGUGCAUGAGCAUAGAAGGAGAAAACUUGAAAUUAGUAGAACCCAUAAUUAAUGUCCUUUACCACGUCAAUUGUACACACAAAAACGAAGUGAUCACCAAAUAUCUACAUCUGUGUUUCACCAAUCUGUUCAUCAUUUUUAAAGCUAUCAGGAAGUAUCAAUUCGAAAUGGGUUCGGAACCCAUACCCUUGCUAAUCAAAGAGGAAUACUCCAUAAACAUACUUAACUCUCUUUUUGUGAACCUAGACAAUAGUAACCGAAACAUUGUUAAGGUGACGUUGAAGGCUUUCAAGGAGGCAUGCAAAUAUGCUCGUUCUGAGUGGCCAUCUCCUUUGUGUGCUAGCUAUGUCAACAUUUUAACCACCCCCUCAGUUGUUCUUCCAUACUUGAAUAGCAGUGAGGCGGCGGAGAAGAUACUCAUGUGCGGAAUUCUACGUGAGAUUUUUAGGACUCUCCGUUGGGAGAGGCUCCACAAGGGGGGAUCUGUAUCACCUAUUCAAGGAGAGAACACUCACAGAAAAGAGUUGUCCUGGUCAACAACGCAAACAUCGAAUCUGCCGAAGAAGCACAUCUAUGAAAUCGCCACCUACCUGAUGAUCCAUCUGGUGGACAAAAGGAAAAACGUCUCUUCCAGCGUGUGGUCAGCUUUGAAGGAGCUCCUUAGAUGGAAGUUCUCUCACCACGUGAAUGACAUGUUGUUAUAUUUUGACCGCAAGCUUUUCCUCCCUAGCGAAUGCGAAGUGGACGGGGUCAGUCGCAUCAAUGUACAGAGGGAGUAUUUCAAAAGGAAGGGUUCAGUUGAGGGGGAAAAGGAGACAGGUGCUGGGGCGGAUUACGAUUACUUCGCGAAGGGGUGCACUUGGGAUGAAAAAAGCAGCUCAAAGGGAGAAGUAAGUGUAGGUAUGUUAAGCAGCGUGCCAACAGAUAGACCUACGGGUGGUCACAUUCACGAUGUAGAAAAGUCGCAUUCACAGGAGGUGGCCCCUCAUAGCAGGAAUACCACUGGAGAGCAACCUAACGAGGGGAAGAAGAACAGAAGGCCAUCAACCAUGAGUGUCGCCAAGAAAUCGGAUGAAGAGAGCGACAUGAGCGAAGCGUGCAGUUUUUCUAAGACGAAGAAGGAAAAGGUCAACGCAUAUUAUUACAAACUCCUUGUGGAGAUUUGCAUUCCACUUAUUAUAUGCACCGACACGAAGGUGGCUCUCAAGAGGAAUCUGUUAACCGAGUUGAAUAGCUACUUGUACGGAGCUGACUUUGACUCAAAGGAUGAAGACAAUAAGAGCUUGAUCAACAUAAAAAAAGAGAAUGACAGAUUGCAACAAAUAUUUUCUACGAAUCUGAAGAUGAACCUUAACAACAUCAACAGUGUCUACAGAGCUUAUAUUAUCCUACUGAGUAGCAGAAUUUAUUUGGGGACAAAUAUAUGGAAUGCCAACAUCCCAAUUAACGAAGACAUUGAAAAAAUGAUAAGUGAGUAUGAAGUGAAAAGUACCAAGUCAAGAGCAGAGCAUGUGCUUUUUGGGGACUUAAAAAAUUAUAUGCACACGAGGAAAAGAAGAGAGAAAAUAGAGAGAUGUGAGAAAAAAAAGGACAAAUUGAAAAAAAAAAAAAAAAAGGAUGGUAAUACGGAAGAUGCUAUGCAAAAAAGUAUCACCUCCGUUUUGACGGAUUCCAUAUUGAAUACCCUCUCUGGGACCUUCAACUAUUCCUACGAUGGCGCCUUCUUUAACAGCCUUAAUGUUAGUGGCAGCGUCGAGGCGGAAUACAAUCACCGAGGGAAGGGUUCAAUAAAUGGGGGUGCGAAAAUAGACCCUCAUAAAAGUAGCCAAGUCGAUUGGAUACACCAGGCUAUUCAUACGAUUAAGACAGGUGAUUCCGAUCUCCCAAAUGAUAAUUCCUCCAGUGACGAGGAAGAUGUAAACAUGCGUAUGGGAGAAGAACAAAAAGAGGGACCUUCCCACCAGGCUAGGGUUAUCAACACGAACAAUCAAUCUAUCGAAGAAGAUACGAAGGACCAUUCUUUGAUCGGACCAAACGGAGAACCAACUUGUGAUGACAGACAAGGGGAAGAGCUUAACUUGGAAGUGCCACUGGAAGACGGGAACAACACCCCCCUCCAAAGGGAAUUCCCCUCCUUGGAAUAUAAGAGAAGCCGCUCGUUCGACCCAGCGGAGGGGUUCUCCAAUGAGAAUUACGCGAACUUUAUUUCGAGCAGCGAUGAGGGGGAGGGGACCAGUACGGAGAAAACUGUAGGUGAGGAUGAACAAUGUUCUAACGCAUUAGUAAAAGGCGUUGUUCCAACGUCCGAAUUGCUGUUUUAUACGCCGGGUGACCGAAAUGCGAAGGAAUUCCUGAGACGAAAACUUGCCAAAAUACAACUUCUCAACCAAAAGCAUAAUUUCGUCGACAAUUUUAAAACUGUGCUAAACUUAAAAUUGGAGACAAGUCUCUUGCAGUGGAUUGAAAUGUUGAAGUUUCUGAAGGAAGACCCCCCAGAGUUCGUUUUGUCCAAGGAAAGCAAAAUUGGCCACCUGCCUGAUUUUUUCGAGUCCGCUUUAAUAUGCGCACUGUCAGUUAUAAAAUUGGUUUCGCUUUCAUUGGAUUGUAAGAAACUGCACCGCGUUACCUUCAAGAGUAUGAAGAGGGAAGCUCAAACGACAGGGGACACACAAAAUUUGAAUGUAAAAGUGGGCAGACGAAUUGAUGGAGGAGGAGAAGAAGAUGAACCAUGCCCUUACCUGCAGGAUCAUAUGGAAGAAACCUAUUUCAUUCAGUUGUUGUCCAUCUGCACCAAAUUGGAAGCACUUUGCUCUUCCAUUAGCAAGCAGCUGUGUGCCUUUUUGCAGGAAGAGCGGACGCCGGAGCACUUGCCUAUCAUUAGGGCUCUGGCCAUGCUCUCCAUCUUGAAACCGUCCCCCUAG